UGAGCCAGCGCCCGGCGGGGCCGCCCCGCCGCCCCCCGGCACCCCGCACCUUUCGCCCCGGCCCCCGCCCGGCCCCGGCCCCAGCCCCGGCCCGGGGGAUGCUGCGGGGGCGGCGCGGUUGAGCCCCCCCCGCCUCGCCCCGGUCCCCGGUUCUCCCUGGUCCCCGGCUCCCGGUGGCGGCCCCGCCCGCCGCCGCCAUGGCCGGUAAGUCCCGCAGUGGCUACGAAGCGCUGAAGGUGGUGGCCCGGUGCCGGCCCAUGAGCAGGAAGGAGGAAGCCGCGGGCUACCAACGUGUCCUGGAGCUGGACGUGAAGCUGGGCCAGGUGAGCAUCCGCCACCCCCGCGCCCUCCCCGGGGACCUGCCCAAGACCUUCACCUUCGAUGCCGUCUACGACGCCAACUCCAAGCAGGCAGAUCUCUAUGACGAGACGGUGCGGCCGCUGAUCGACUCGGUGCUGCAGGGCUUCAACGGCACCAUCUUUGCCUACGGGCAAACGGGCACCGGCAAGACCUACACCAUGCAGGGGGUCUGGGCGGAGCCGGAGAAGAGGGGCAUCAUCCCCAUCUCCUUCGAGCACAUCUUCACCCACAUCUCCCGCUCGCAGAACCAGCAGUACCUGGUGAGGGCCUCGUACCUGGAGAUCUACCAGGAGGAGAUCAGGGACCUCCUCGCCAAGGACCAGAGCAAGAAGCUGGAGCUGAAGGAGAACCCUGAGACGGGGGUGUACAUCAAGGACCUCUCCUCCUUUGUGACCAAGAACGUCAAGGAGAUUGAGCACGUGAUGAACCUGGGGAGCCAGACGCGGUCGGUGGGCAGCACCAACAUGAAUGAGCACAGCUCCCGCUCCCACGCCAUCUUCCUCAUCACCAUUGAGUGCAGUGAGAUGGGGCCGGAUGGUGAGGAGCACAUUCGUGUGGGCAAGCUCAACCUGGUGGACCUGGCUGGCAGUGAGCGCCAGAGCAAAAUGGGAGCCCACGGAGAGCGCCCCAAGGAAGCCUCCAAGAUCAACCUCUCCCUCUCUGCUCUGGGCAAUGUCAUCUCUGCCCUCGUGGAUGGCAAGAGCACACACAUCCCCUAUCGGGACUCCAAGUUGACCCGCCUGCUGCAGGACUCCCUCGGGGGCAAUGCCAAGACAAUCAUGGUGGCCACCUUGGGCCCAGCUUCUCAUAGCUAUGAUGAGAGCCUCUCCACCCUCAGGUUCGCCAACAGGGCCAAGAACAUCAAGAACAAGCCCCGGGUGAACGAAGACCCCAAGGACACCUUGUUGCGGGAGUUUCAGGAGGAGAUUGUCCGGCUGAAAGCCCAGCUGGAGAAACGUGGCAUGCUGGGGAAGAAGAGGAGGAGAAGCAGCCGGAGGAAGAAAGUGGUGGAUGGAGAAAGUGCCACAGAGAAUGAAGGGGAGGAGGACAAUGAGGAUGGCCUGGAGAAGAACAUGGAGAAUUACUUGAAGGAGCAGAAAGAGAGGUUGGAAGAGGAGAAAGCUGCUAUCCAGGAUGACCACAGCCUGGUGAGCGAGGAGAAGCAGAAGUUGCUGCAGGAGAAGGAGAAGAUGAUAGAGGAUCUGCGGAAGGAGCAGGAGGCCACCGAGCUGCUGGCCACCAAAUACAAGGCAAUGGAGAGCAAGCUGCUCAUCGGUGGCAGGACCAUUGUGGACCACACCAACGAGCAGCAGAAGAUGCUGGAGCUGAAGCGGCAGGAGAUCGCUGAGCAGAAACGCCGGGAGCGGGAGAUGCAGCAGGAGAUGCUGCUGCGGGACGAGGAGACCAUGGAGCUGCGGGAGACUUACACCUCCCUGCAGCAGGAGGUGGAGAUGAAAACCAAGAAGCUGAAGAAGCUCUACGCCAAGCUGCAGGCUGUGAAGGCUGAGAUCCAGGACCAGCACGACGAGUACAUCCGCGUGCGCCAGGACCUGGAGGAGGCCCAGAACGAGCAGACACGGGAGCUGAAGCUCAAGUACUUGAUCAUCGAGAACUUCAUCCCACCAGAAGAGAAGAACAAGAUCAUGAACCGCCUGUACUUCGAUGGCGAGGAGGACCAGUGGAAGUUCCAGCCACUGGUGCCCACCGGAGGGAAUAGCAACCAAAUGAAGAAGCGGCCUACCUCUGCAGUGGGGUACAAGAGACCCAUCAGCCAAUAUGCCCGUGUGGCCAUGGCCAUGGGAUCUCACCCUCGGUACCGGGCUGAGAACAUCAUGUUCUUGGAGCUGGACCUGUCCCCUCCAGCCAUCUUCGAGUUUGAGCGGAGCAGGGACCAGGCAGAGCAGGACCCCCGAGCUCUCCACCUGGAGAGGCUGAUGCACCUGGACAGCCUCCUGGAGAGGCCAGCAGCCUCCCGGGUGAGGAAGUCCCGCUCUUGGUGCCAGACGCCUCGGUCACUGCCAUCCUCAACCACGCAUGUCUCCUUCACCUCCAGCUCCCCAUGUGCCACCACGAUGCCAGCUCAGGAGUGACAUCCCUGACCCCCUGGUCCCCUCCUCAGCAAGGACUGAGCCCUGCUGAGGGCUGAGGAAGGGGCCCUAGCAGCAGCAUCUCCACCGCUCCCAGUUGGUCCUUGUCUUCAGCUACUUUGUGUGCGCGUGUGUUUGUGCCAGACGCUCACGAACAAGCCUCCAGGGCGAGGGGAGCUGCCCCCUCCUUCCUCCUGCCCCACCCCCCGCCCUUUUCCCCCAAAUCUGGAUCUGUCCCUUUAUUUAUUUAACGUAUUUAUUUAUGGAGUGGUUGAUGUGCAGAGACAGGAGGCGCGUUCAGACUGGAGGACAUCCCAGGGUGGAAGCAGGCAUCACGCCAAGGGCUCCUUGGGUGGGCUCAGCUCCCAGCCCUCCCCUCACGGCUGCCAUGGCCCCUGUGCCAGGCUGGGACACAGGGACACCACUGGGGCUGUCACCACUGGCGUACUGCCCACUGGAGUGCUCUGCAGAGCAAGCAGGAGAAGGCACAUGCCCAUCUCUGGUGGCUUUGGCAGAAGGUGAGGCAGCCCUCGAGUCUGGUGCUGUGUUUGCUUGGCUGGAUCACAGGGAACGUGGUGAUUUCAACAAGGAUCUGGAGACUUCGUGGUGGCAGCACGUUGCACUGGGCUUGUCAGAGGCCCAGAGGGACUCUCUAGGCUGCAUCAGCACUGGUGGCAGCAAUGAUAUCUCUGACUUCUGGGCAUGGCUGUCACUCCAGGAACAUCAGUUCCAUCCAGGGAGAGAGCUCACAGAUCCACCAAACCAAGUCAAUCCUGGUGGUGCCAGGACUUUUUCCACCUAUGCCACUCGCUGGAGGUGGUUGACCUUGUCGUGUUCAGUCACCUGACACCCAGCUUGCACCUGUCCCUGACUAAGUGGGUGGUUAACUCCUUAUGGCAAGAAGAGGAGAUGGAAAUCUCCAUCCCUUUCCACCCAUCCCUCCCAAAGACACACAUGGUCUGGGGAGCAGUGCUACCUCAGUGAGACCAGAGAUGAUGGCGUCCACCAUCCUGGCAGCCAAAGGCAAUGAAGAAAUGCAGGACAAGAUGGUGAUGCCUGGAGGAAUUAUUUCAACAUCACUGUCCUCUGGUUUGAGUAAUACCUCGUUGAGGUCACCUCAUAGUUGGGAGAACUUUCCUGAUGAUUGCUUGGGUCAUGGAGGGAUGGACAUGAAAUGGGUAAUGAGUAAGAGGGGAGCACUUUGGCCAUCUGAAACCCAACCCAGGCAGCAGCACAUGUAGGUGCCAGGACAUCACUCAGUGUUCCUGGGUGAUUCAGCUUUCAGCAGUUAGGUUGAGAGAAGGUGAGUUCUUGUUGAGGACCAUCCCUGGCAGCACCAGGCAGCAGCUGUGGUUUCCCUGGGAUGGCUUCAGGAUGUGCAGAGGUGGGGAAGAUCUGUUUGCUUGACAAGGUCCUAAGCCCCAUCCCUGGAAACAUUCCAGGUCAGGUUGGACAGGGCUCUGAGCAGCCUGACCGAGUUGAAGAUGUUCCUUCUUAUGGCAGGGGGGUUGGACUAGAUGGCCUUUAAAGGUUCCUUCCCACCCAAACCAUUCUGUGAGUCCAUGAAUGGGGGAGUGACCCCUUGAUCCAUAUGGGAGGGUACAGGUCUUCAGAGGGACACAGGCUGAGGGCAUUCCUAGGGAAGGCAGGUUUGAGAUCUUCUGAUGUCUCCUGGUGAUGAAGAGAAUUUCUUCUGCUGGAGGACUCCUCAUUGCUUGCUUCAAUGACUCCUGCAUGCAGGACCUGGGAUGAGGGAGGGAGAGGGCAUGAGGCACAGACACAGAGCAGAAAUAUCUCAAGCAGAAACAGCUGUGUAUGCUGCAGAGCAGUGCAAGUCCCACCCUACAGGAGCAUUCCAUCAACAUGCUUCAUGGGACAUGGUCUAGUGCUUGACUUGACAGUGCUGAGCUAAUGGUUGGACUUGAUGAUCUUAAAGGUCUUUUCCAACAAAAACAAUUCCAUGAUUCUCUGAGGCUGGGCUGGGACAUCCACAGACCUUCCCACCCAUCUCCUGACAUAUCCCCUGCUUUGCCAAGGGGUGUCUUCUCCCUAUCCCCUGUAACAUUGACCUGCCUUGUGUUCUUGAUCAUUGCCCUCUGCUACCAUCUUCCCUUCCCCUCCUGUGCCUCAUAACACCUUCUGCCUCUCCAGAACCUUUGUCCCCUUCUCCCCCACCCCAGCAGCUGGCUUGUGGGUGAUUUUGGAAGCUGCAGGUUGCUCCCAGGACUGAGCUCACUCCUUUCAAGCAGCACACAGGUCUGGUCUGUUCUCAGCCUGGGAAGGACGGUGCAGGAGAAAGGGUGUUUUUGAGAUGGGUCCCUUCCAUGGCUUGGGUUGAGCUCCUUCUCCCUGUGCAUCCAUGUGCAUUCCCUGGAGCAAGCUGGCUUUGGCCCCUUGAAAAGUGGGGAAUGAGGGACCUGGUUCUUUAUUUCAUUUUCAGAGUGGCCUUUGGGAGUCAGGGUCAGGAAGCACAAGCCUCAGAAAGGGGAGAAGCUGUCUGCAGGAAAACAUUUUCCUCCAUUGUUUUCUAAUUACCCCAAGUUCAUCUCCAGCUGGAUUAGCAGCUCCUGGAGCCCUGAGGUGAUGAACCAGUGAUAGUCUGCUUUACCUCCAUUCUCUGCCCAGGGCUGAUGGUGUCCUCUGGUUCCCGCUGGCUUGCCCCAGGCCAUGGAGUUUCAUGUUGAAGGGUAGUUGUGUUCUGGUCUCUCACCACAUGCAUUGGUCUUCAUCUGUGUCACAGCAAAGGACAUGCUGAGGUCCAGCAGCACUGUGGCCAGAGUGGGAUCCAUGUGGAAGUCCUUCCAGCAGAGCACAGCAUGGGUGUGCAAGCACCUGGUGCAGGGGAUGGGCUGAGCCACUUCCAACAUCCAAGUGCCACGUGUGUCACAUCCAUCACGUGGGUCUGUCGAUCUGCUGCGCUCUCACCCUGUCUCUCCCCACCGCUGCCAACAACCACCCAACUUCCUUAGCACAAACCCCAAGGAUGGUUCUACCACCGAGGCUGGGCGAGCUCAUGGUGGCUUGUUCCCUUCUCCUCAGAUGGCCCCGCAGCCUCUGGCCUGGCAGCAGCAUCCUCAGAUGUACAUUUGUAAUGUUCUGCGGUCUUCGUAUGUCGGUGCGUGUGUAUUUACAUAUGAGUGUGUGUGUAGGUGUGUGUGGGCACACGUCUGUGUAGCCAAGGGAUCUAUUUACUGUCAAUGUUAGUGACUGUACAGGGGGAAAAUCCCAGGAGGGGGGGAAUGGGGCUGGGGCUUUUUUUUUUGUUGUUGUUGUCGUUGUUUCAUUGUUUAGUUAUUUUGGGUUUCAGGUUUGAACAUUAUUUUUGUUUCAGGAGGGGGUGGGUUCGGGGCUCUUUUGGAUUGAUUGACAAGGUGAGGGCCUUGAUUAGGACCAAAUUUUCGUGCCUGUUGCUCUGGUGAUUUAUUUAGAAAUCAAAAGUUUACUGUAUGGUGGCCCAUCCUUGUCACUCUAUACAUAUGAAUAUACAGGACAUAUUAUAAAUAUAUAUAUAUUAUACAUACUGUAUGGAGAGAGGUCAUUAAUCUCACACACCCCUGGCUUUGGAUGGACACCUCUUCAAUAUGCUGUAAUGUAGCUUUGACCCUGUGCUGGGAACGACCAGAAAGUGCCAGCACCCUUCAAAAAACUGGCAAUGGCACCAAUAAAAGAAUGAGCAUCACUGCAAA